GUCACUUACAGUCCCCCGUAUUCCUCUGACUCUGAGGCUUUUUUUACUCCUCCGUCUUCCCUCUCUCCACCACCACCCUCCUCCCCCUGUAGCUAAACAUGUCUGAACAACAAGCCACCACUCCGGAGCUGUCAAGAGAAGAUGCCUACAAGUUCCUCAAUCUCCUCCCAAAUCCAGAUGGCUCUUUCACCAGGCUAAACCAGCUCCCAACUUUACCCCCAACCCCAGAAAUACCCCCUAAUCAUCAGGACCUCGCUGCUCCACCACUCUCCCUCUCCAAAGACAUCCCUCUCAACCCAAAAACCAACACUUUCAUUCGCCUUUUUCGACCCGUAAACCCUCCUCCCAACACUAAGCUUGCCAUCAUCAUCUACUUCCACGGUGGCGGAUUUGUUCUCCUCAGUGCAACUGAUCCAAUCUUCCAUGGAUCAUGCAGCACAAUGGCUGCUCAUGUGCCGGCAUUGGUAGCUUCGGUAGAAUACCGCCGCGCCCCCGAACACCGCCUUCCGGCAGCCUACGAUGAUGCCAUGGACGCAAUCAUGUGGGUCAAAGAUCAGGCCUCAGGAGGAACGGAAAACGGGUGUGAUCCGUGGAUGCAAGAAUAUGCCGAUUUUUCCAAGCUUUUCUUGAUGGGCAGCAGCGCUGGCGGCAACAUGGUCUACCAUGCAGCGUUACGUGCGCUGGACGUUGAUCUCGCACCGGUGCAGAUCUCAGGGCUGAUAAUGAACGAGCCGUUCUUCGGCGGUGUCCAGCGGUCGGAGUCGGAACUUAGGCAGAAACAUGACAAGAUUGCCCCUCUCCAUGCAACUGAUUUGCUAUGGUAUUUGUCAUUACCCGAAGAUGCUACUCGUGAUCAUGAAUAUUGUAACAUAGCGGCUUCCGUCGCGUCCCAGAAGGAUAAGAUCGGACGGUUGCCGAGGUGUUUGGUUAGAGGUUACGGAGGAGAUCCGUUUGUGGAUAGGCAGAAAGAGCUGGUGAAGGUGUUGGAGGGCGGUGGAGUGGAGGUGGUGGCAGCGUUUAGUGAAGACGGGUAUCAUGCAGUGGAAGUUUUUGAUCCAAAAAUGGCUCAAAUUCUGUACGACGACGUCAAGAAUUUCGUGACUUUUUCGUCUUCUGCAGCUGAGAAUUUGAAUCCAGAAAAGUCAGCCAUGUAAUCAAUGGGAGUUAUUAUGGCCGUUGAGCAAGCCAAUACAUACACUACUAGUGCUAUUAUUAAUGGUGGCAGCAUUAAAUAUUCUGCUUGUUUUUUCAGCUGGUUGGUCAAGUAUGUUUUGAUUUUAACACCCUCCUCAAUGGGAGUAUGUUUUUUUACUUCUCUAAUGUGUGUUUAAUUUUAUCAUCAGCCAGUAAUGAUUUACGUAUUGAGUUAAUUAUCCUGCCUGUACCAACUUGUGCUAAAUUAUGAAUUUCUUGAACUUUUCUGAUUU